GCAUUGCUGUGGACAGCUGGACAAUACUUUUUAAUGCGGAUUUGCUUACUAUACGUGAUAUAUGAGUCUUUUAUAUCUAUAAAAAUUAAGUCAUUUCUUUUAAAUUUUUUUACUCUUCUAUAUUAAUAAACUGUUAAUUUGAGAAAAUGAUGCUCUUCAUGUUAUUGUUUAGCCGACAAGGCAAAUUAAGAUUGCAGAAAUGGUAUGGUGCAUAUGCUGAUAAAACGAAGAAAAAAAUAACACGUGAAUUGGUUACUACGAUACUGGCCCGAAAGCCUAAAAUGUGCUCAUUUUUGGAGUGGAAAGAUUGCAAAAUUGUUUAUAAACGUUAUGCUAGUUUAUAUUUCUGUUGUGCGAUUGAACAAAAUGACAACGAAUUAUUAACGUUAGAAAUUAUACAUCGUUACGUGGAAUUGUUGGAUAAAUAUUUUGGAAGCGUUUGCGAAUUGGACAUUAUUUUCAAUUUUGAAAAAGCUUAUUUUAUAUUAGAUGAAUUGUUAAUCGGAGGUGAAAUACAAGAAACUUCGAAGAAAAAUGUUUUAAAAGCAAUCGCUUCACAGGAUUUAUUACAAGAGGAUGAAACUCCACAAGGUUUCUUCGAGGACCAUGGUCUUGGAUAGAUGAAUACAAAUCGAAUAUCACUGCCUAGUGAUUAAAAUAAUACAUAAUAAAACAUAAUGAUUUAUUCAUUGCUGUUGUCCUUAUUAUUAAUAUAUAUGUAUACAAAAUCAAAUAUUACCUAUAAGAAGUAGUUUAUCUUUUAAACGUUUAUCAGUUUAUUAGAUUUAAAAAUAUCAGCAUUUCUAUAGAUAUGUAUUUAUAUAUGAACUUUGAAAAUAAAAGACAAUUGUUUAAAGUUAAAACGUUAAAAGAUUGACAAAUGCUAGAAUUAAAUGAUUUUAUUUCUCAUCAUACAUUUAUUUGAAUUAUAACACUUUUAAAGUACUUUUAUAUUAUUCGAGAAAUUUACAUUUUCCAUAAAUAUAUAUUAUAGAUAUUU